AUGUCUGAACAAGACGUUAAUCCAAAUAGAUACAAUGAGCUACGAAGCAUCUGUCAAUACCACAUAGAUAUAUAUAAUGCGUUAUACCAGCUGAAAACUGAAAAUGAUGAAGAUUUAAAGUCAAUUUACAAACAAAUCAAAACAGAAUUGAUUGACUCAAAGAACCGUCAUCCUAAAAGCAUUAUAAAAGAUAUUUUAAUGAUCAUUCCGUAUAACAAUCGCUAUACAAAGUCAUAUUUGACACUUGCCAAAUUCGUUUGUGAUGAUUAUCAUAUAACAGAAGUCAGCGAUAUCCCAAUAGUAUCAAGUUUCCUGUUUUAUAAAGAAUAUGGAAUUAAAUUAGACAAAUAUACUGAUUUUGAAAAAAAUUAUUUAGGAAAGCUCGACAUUCAUACAGAAGAUACGAUUUACAAAGCAAUUAUGUAUAAUGACCUAGAAAAAUUCAUCUAUUUCAUAGAAAGAGAAGGAUUUGAUAAAAAUCAAAGACUUAUAAGCAGUUUAUAUCCAGAUUAUUAUGGAUAUUCAUUACUUGAAUUAUGUUGUUAUCAUGGAGCAGUAGAUUGUUUCAAGUUCUUAAUAACGAAAUUCAACUUCAUAAUAACAGGAGUAUGUCUUCAAUUUUCAUUUUUAGGCGGAAACAAAGAUAUCAUGAGUGAAUGUUUGAAAUAUAAAGAACCCUAUGGUCAAUGCAUGAGAUAUGCAAUUAUUUCACACAACAUUGAUUUUGUUACAUUUUUAAUGAAUGAAUACAAUUUAGAGAUUUAUUUAUUUUUUUGUGCUCGUUAUAAUAAUCUUGAAUCCCUUUUAGUUUAUUUUGAUCAAACUAAUGAUAUUAACACAGGUUUUUUAUAUUCAGCAGAGUUUGACAUCCCAUCUCUUUGCGAAUAUUUUCUCUCUCAUGGUGCAAAUAUUAAUGAAAAAUAUGAUGAUGGAAAAACAGCUCUUCAUUAUGCAGCAGAACGUAAUAGCAAAGAAACUGCUGAACUUCUUAUUUUUCAUGGUAUAAAUAUCAAUGAAAAAGAUGAUAAUGGGGAAAUUGCUCUUAAUUAUGCAGCACGUUAUAAUAGUAAAGAAACUGCAGAACUUCUUAUUUUGUAUGGUGCAGAUAUCAAUGAAAAAGAUGAUAAUGGAAAAACACCUCUUCAUUAUGCAGCAUAUUAUAAUAGUAAAGAAACAGCCGAACUCCUUAUUUCACUUGGUGCAGAUAUCAAUGAAAAAGAUGAAUUUGGAGGAACACCUCUUCAUCAAGCAGCAUAUAAAAAUAGCAAAGAAAUAGCCGAACUUCUAAUUUCACAUGGUGCAAAAAUCAAUGAAAGAGAUAAAUAUGGAAUUACAGCUCUUCAUAUUGCAUUAGGUAAUAUUAAUAAAGAAACAGCUGAACUUCUUAUUUCGCAUGGUGCAAAAUAA